GGCGAGGGAGCGGCGGCCGCUGCGGGCCGGGCCGGGCCGGGGCUGAGGCCGAGCGAGCCGCGGGGCCGGCGCAGCCCCGGCCGGCGCCCACCAUGCGGCGGCUGCGGCGCCUGGCGCACCUGGUGCUCUUCUGCCCCUUCUCCAAGGGCCUGCAGGGCCGGCUCCCGGGCCUGAGGGUCAGGUGCGUCUUCCUGGCCUGGCUGGGCGUGUUUGCGGGCAGCUGGUUGGUGUACACGCGCUACUCGUCCUACUCGGAGCUCUGUCGCGGCCACGUCUGCCAGGCGGUCAUUUGUGACCAGUACCACAAGGGCAUCAUCUCGGGCUCCAUCUGCCAGGACCUGUGUGAGCUGCAUCUGGUGGAGUGGAGGACCUGCCUCUCGGUGACCCCCGGCCAACAGGUAUACAGUGGGCUCUGGCGAGACAAGGAUGUGACCAUCAAGUGUGGCAUCGAGGAGGCGCUGGACUCCAAGGCCCAGACGGACGCGGCCCCCCGGCGGGAGCUGGUGCUGUUCGACAAGCCCACGCGAGGCACCUCCAUCAAGGAGUUUCGGGAGAUGACACUCGGCUUCCUCAAGGCGAACCUGGGCGACCUGCCUUCCCUGCCGGCGCUGGUGGGCCAGGUCCUGCUCAUGGCCGACUUCAACAAGGACAACCGGGUGUCACUGGCGGAAGCCAAGUCCGUGUGGGCCCUGCUGCAGCGUAACGAGUUCCUGCUGCUGCUGUCCCUGCAGGAGAAGGAGCACGCCUCCCGACUGCUGGGCUACUGCGGGGACCUCUACCUCACCGAGGGCGUGCCCCACGGUGCCUGGCACGCGGCCGCCCUGCCCCCCCUGCUGCGCCCGCUGCUGCCGCCGGCACUGCAGGGUGCCCUCCAGCAGUGGCUGGGGCCCGCAUGGCCGUGGCGGGCCAAGAUCGCCAUCGGCCUGCUGGAGUUUGUGGAGGAGCUCUUCCACGGCGCCUACGGGACCUUCUACAUGUGCGAGACCACGCUGGCCAACGUGGGCUACACGGCCACCUACGACUUCAAGAUGGCUGACCUGCAGCAGGUGGCCCCUGAGGCCGCCGUGCGCCGCUUCCUGCAGGGCCGCCGCUGCGAGCACAGCGCCGACUGCACCUACGGGCGCGACUGCAGGGCCCCAUGCGACAGGCUCAUGCGGCAGUGCAAGGGCGACCUCAUCCAGCCCAACCUGGCCAAGGUGUGCGCGCUGCUGCGGGGCUACCUGCUGCCCGGCGCGCCCGCCGACCUCCGUGAGGAGCUGGGCACACAGCUGCGCACCUGCACCACGCUGAGCGGGCUGGCCAGCCAGGUGGAGGCCCAUCACUCGCUGGUGCUCAGCCACCUCAAGACCCUGCUCUGGAAGAAGAUCUCCAACACCAAGUACUCCUGAUGUGGCAGCAGGGGGCCCUGGCCAACCUUCCUGGAGCCGGCCUGGUGCCUGGUGCCGGGGUCCAGCCCCGCCUCUAGGAAUCAGUCGGAAAUGUUAAAUGCUGUUGCAGAAUCACUCCCCUGAGGUCAGGGCCCUGGACUCCACACCACAGACAUGAGGACAUCCUAGCUCAGAGCAGAGGCAGGAGACCCUGUUACUCUGAAGAACAUGAUGUAAAUAAACAGCUUUUAUGUAAUGGCCAGGGCUGAGCACCCUGACCCCCGUCAAUGCUGCGCAUGGGACCCUUUGCCCCACUGUGGAUACUACCUGGCCCAGGCACCCAGACUGGGGUUGGGACCCUGAAUCCUGGGGAGGCAGCCCUCCAGUGUCAGUCAAAGGUGAGGUCUAUUCUAGAGCCCCUGCCUGCCCUACACUGCUGAAGGUGCCAGGGCAGUUCCCCAAAAAGGAGCUUCUGAAGGAACCAAUGACCAGGACCCCAAACCUGGACCAUGGCACGACAGGCCAAGAAAAAGGCAUUCUAGUGAAGCAGACUGAUGUGGUGAAAACAUUUUACAAAAUCCAGCUCUGAGAUGUAGAACUCACUCCCUGGGAAACAACCUCGCAAUGGCCAUCUUCUCCGGCCCUGUGCUCUCCCCAGUAGCCCAGGGAACCCAGCAACCAUCCCCCAGGGGGACAGGCAAGGACCUGGGCGGGAAGACCCCAAAGCAGGAAUACCGUUCAGUGCCGGCUCUGCUCCGCAAUGGACGAGUCAAGACACUAUACAUUCCGUUCCAGACCCAUUUAUUCUCAAAUUUUGCCAACACAGAAAUGUUAUCCUUGAGGAAAUGUGCAUUAAAUCUUCUAAUUCACUUCA